AUGGAACCAGGAAACUUCACAAGGGUGUCAGAGUUUGUCUUCUUGGGGCUCUCACAGACCUGGGAACUCCAGAUAUUUCUGUUUCUGGUCUUCCUGUUUGUCUAUAGCACCACUGUCCUGGGAAACCUCCUCAUCAUAGUCACAGUGUCCUCAGAGUCCAGGCUCCACACACCCAUGUUCUUUCUGCUCAGAAAUCUGGCUGUCUUGGACCUCUGUUUCUCCUCAGUCACUGCCCCCAAAAUGCUGGUGGACUUCCUCUCUGAGAGGAAGACCAUCUCCUACCAGGGAUGCUUGGUGCAGGUCUUCUUCUUCCAUUUUCUGGGGGGUGCCAUGGUCUUUUUCCUCUCAGUCAUGGCUUAUGAUCGCGUCAUUGCCAUUUCCCGGCCACUCCACUAUGUUACCAUCAUGAACACUCAGCUCUGCAUGGGACUGGUGGUGACAGCCUGGGUAGGAGGCUUUGUCCAUUCAAUUAUCCAGUUGUCUCUGAUGCUCCCACUGCCUUUCUGUGGCCCCAAUGUCCUGGAUAACUUCUACUGUGAUGUGCCCCAAGUGCUGAGACUGGCCUGCACUGACACCUCCCUCUUAGAGCUCCUCAUGAUCUCCAACAGUGGGAUGCUGGAUGUCAUCUGGUUCUUUCUCCUUCUGAUCUCCUACUUGGUCAUCCUGGUGAUGCUGAGGUCUCACCCAGGGCAGGCGAGGAGGAAGGCAGCCUCCACCUGUACCACCCACAUUAUCGUGGUGUCUAUGAUCUUUGUUCCAAGCAUUUACCUCUAUGCGCGGCCCUUCACCCCAUUCCCCAUGGACAAAGCUGUGUCCAUCAGUCACACGGUCAUGACCCCCAUGCUGAACCCCAUGAUCUACACCUUGAGGAAUCAGGAGAUACAAACAGCCAUGAAGAGAUUAACCAAGCAUUUAGGGAGUUUCAGCAGGGAAUGA